CAGCCACUCUAUGUACAAACCUGCAGCUUGCGUCGUGUAUUCAUACCCGUGAAACAUUUCUGGCGGAUGUUGAAGAUAGUUUUUCUAUGGAGUUUCAAACAAAUGUGAAUUUAUGGCGCUUGAAACGUUGUCGUUGAGUGUCUUCAUAACCAUCUUCAACACUGUAAUCAAAGCUUCCUCCUCUAUCAACCUGACGCUAGGGUUCACUGAACAUCCAGUACCACCAGUUAUUGCCCAACGAAAUCAACCCCUUCUGGUCAACUGUACUGUGUUUUCGGAACCGGAGUACGGUCCAGCGCACGUCAGUUGGUUCUAUCAGGGACACGAGAUCGACGACAGCAGACGGCAGGUACUACAGAAUGGAUCACUCUACUUCGAUAGGGUGUUAUACCAGAGAAGGCCUAGCGGUAAGAAAGACGAAGGAGACUACACAUGCUUGGUGCAGAACAACGUGGGUGCCUUCCACAGUUCACCAGUUCGAUUGGUCGUAGCACGAAUGGAAAGAGAGUAUUCGUUACAACCCCAGCCAUUAACAGUGGAAGGAGGAGGAGUAGCUCGUUUUUUGUGCCAAAUUAGUGCUGUUCCCCCCGCGGUAAUUACCUGGCAACGAGACGGCCAGGACCUACCUCAAAAUGAAAGCAGAUAUACCCUGCUGGACUCAGGAAUCCUGCAGAUUACAGAUAUCUCCAGUGAUGACCAAGGACUUUAUCGCUGUAUUGCAAGUAACCCUGCACGCACAAGGCCUAGCAGCUAUGCUUUGUUAACUGUUAAAUCAGCCACUUUAAAGUCACUCCCAAUCCAGUUCCUUAGUCUUUCCCAGUCAGUAGUGAAGGUUGUUAAUGAAACUGCAGUCCUCGAAUGUAUGGUGACGGGGAAACCAAUGCCUGUGGUGUCUUGGAAGAGAGCAGAUGGUAAGAAACUUUCCAAUGAACGGGUAUCCCUACUUGGACAAGGGAAUCUGGUUCUCCACUCUCUCAGAGCUGAAGAUGCUGGAUCGUACGUGUGCACAGCAACUGUUACAGACUUUGCAACUGGGAAAAUGAAAUCAGAAAUUCAGAGUUCCACAUUAACUGUUUAUGUUACACCAAGAUUUAUAGAGCGCCCUGUGAGCAUUGUGAAACCCACACCUCAGACAGCUCGCUUCUUGUGCAUUGUGAAUGGAACUCCACCUCCGUCUGUACAGUGGCUAAAGAAUGGAAAACCUAUGUACUUAAAUGGACGAAUAAAGUUUAAAACAGAUGGAGAGUUAGUUAUUUCUCAGACAAUGAUAUCAGACUCUGGAAUAUAUCAAUGUGUAGCAAGUAAUAAGGCCGGCACUAGGUCAGUAGCCGCUCGACUCUUCGUAAAGAGUACAGGUGUUCAACCAGAUACUCCACAUAACUUGAAAGCUCAAACCCUAACUAGUACUUCAGUCUUACUGUCAUGGAAACCUCCAACCACUAACAGCAAAAACAUCAAGGCUUAUACGGUUCAUUUUGCUCCAUUUUCAGCAGGUGGAUUGGAAUCUCAGGUGGUAGCCGUCAACACUACUGAGGUUAUCACCAAGCUUACACCAUACACCAAUUACAGCUUCUAUGUUCGAGCCUACAGUGAACAAAGUGCAAGUGAGCAAUCGGAGAUUAUAUAUCACUUGACCGGAGAAGAUGUUCCUACUGCUGCCCCAUCAAUCACAUUGACCAGCUUGAGCUCGACUACUCUGCGUGUGUCUGUGGAACCUCUACCCCCACAUAAAGCAAGAGGGAAGAUAAUAAGCUAUCGUAUCCACUAUCGACGUCACAACCAGGUCUUUAACAAUGUAAUUGAAGUUGAUGGAGACAUUACAGAGUAUACCAUUACAGGUCUUCAGCCGAAACAGAAAUAUGAUGUUCGAGUACUUGCUGUCACCAAGGUCGGAUAUCCUGCUCUCACAGAACAAAAUUGGCCAUGGGUUACUCAAGAAAUGCCAGAAACUCUUAACAAUAAAGUCCCAUUGCCUCCAACUUUACACCUUACAGUAAUUAAUGCUACAACGCUACAAGUAAGAUGGCAGGUAACAGAGGAUCCAAGAUAUCCAAUUGAAGGUUACCGUCUUUCCUAUCGAGAACAGGGGCAUCCUUUAGAAGACCCUAUCAAUCUUGAAAGUUAUGUUAAUGAGUUCUUGCUUUCAAACCUUGAUCCAUAUACUUGGUAUGAAGUACAUAUUCUGGGAUUUAAUGAGUAUGGUGAUGGACUGGAAGCAGUUCAGAACAUUCUUACUGUAUCCGAAGAUCAUCCUGAUUUGGAGAUUAUUGAAAUUGUAGCACCUCCUCAGCUUAUUGAGGCUCACCCUAAGAGUCCAUCUACUGUCCAGGUUGUGUGGAAACCACCAAUGACCAGCAGGAACAUAAGCUACUAUACUGUAAGAUUUCAUCCUGCGUUGAUGAAUGGACUCCUUAAUGCUUCAAUGGUCAGCUAUAUUCGCAGUAUAAGCAACAGCGUAAUCAUCACUGGUCUAACGGCAUUCACCUUGUACGAGUUCUCCGUGAGAUCUCACGAUGUAAAAAACCAGCAAGGACCUUUUAGCCAGAAGGUGGAAUGUAGGACAUUGGAAGAUGUUCCGUCAUCUCCCUUGGAUCUAUCGUGGCUUGCAGUUAACGCUCAUGCCAUAAAACUUUUCUGGCAGCCUCCUGCAACACCCAAUGGUGAAAUAACUAUGUACGAGAUAUUAUACACUGCACAAACAGGAAAUGCAAAAGACCUAGAUGACUGGCAAAAGAAAGAAGAAAAUGGCUUUGAGGUAAGCUCCUUGAUUGAAGGCUUAGCCAGCAAUACCAGAUAUUUCUUUUGUAUGCAAGCAUGGACAAAAGCAGGAGUGAGUUCACCAUCUGCAACCAUCACAGUCAACAUCCCAGUAAAGCUAAAUAACACAAGAAACUCUCAUCAAGAAGUAUUGGGUGUCCAUCCACAGGAUCCUUUGCUGGGAAUCAUUUUAGGCAUUUCAAUUGGUUUAGCGUGUAUUAUCAUUUGUAUUCUCAUCAUCAUUUGUCGCAAAAGAUGCUGUCCACAUCCACCACCUCCUCCAUCUGGUACAUAUUCAUCCCGCCAUGCAAAUGGUCAGAAUGGUCAUCCUCCUUGUUUUCAUAACGACAAACAACCACAUAACAUAAAACCUCAAGAACUGGAUUGUUUUACACCUAUGCUGAAUCAUAUACCAAAUACUGAGGUGGACAAUCAUUUAGACACCAAAGGUGGUUAUUAUGAUAUGAGAAGUCAUAAAGUAAAUGGUUUCACUCAUCCUCUGUUGCCUAACAGUCGUAACAUUCUCCAAAUGCCAGGGAAGUCUGAGGUCCGCAUUACAGAAAAUCCACAGUGCAUAACUGGGACUACCGAAGAUUGCCUUCCGAUACCCAAGAAUCGAUUGAGGUACAAACUAAGUGAUGCAAAGGUACAUGAUGAAUGGAUUGAGUACGACGACCACUUGUCUACCACUCCUUCGCAGUUGCAGGAGUCGGACAAUAACAACCCGGAGCAGAUCCAGGCCAGUACGCGGUCAGAAGCAAAAGAAACUCAUUCUCGGCAGCAUUUUGAUAACAUGCAGUUUCCCCCAAACCAAACACCACCUCUCAGACAGACCUCUUUACCACCCACCAUUUUUGCCUGGGACUCCUUGUCCCAGACCUGACAGUGUAAGCGUCUCCAACCAAACCUCUUUUAGCUCUUGUUCUUUUUGCAGUAUAGAACUAAACUGUAGCGGGAGAUUGACCAGGUUUGACUCUUGCAUAAAUAGAAGCGGGUAUUUUUACACACAGUUUUAUAUAUUUAUGUUAGUAAAAUAUAAAUGUUACAGUUUUUAUGAAUCUGUAAUGGUUUUCCAAUCUACCAAACAUAUACGUAUUUGAAUUAACUACUUUUUUUAAAUAAAGACUGAAGGAGAGAGAGAGAGAGAUUGGAUGCAAACUUUAAGGAUUUCGUUUUAUCCACAUUUUGAAUAACUGAAUGGGUGCUCUUGUGAACAAAAGAAUCAACAGGAAUUGAGGAACGUGGCAAGGUGAAUAUUAUUGCACACGUCUUAUGUUAGUUUGUUAUCUGGCUGUGAGAAUGGAACACUAACAAAGUCCAUCAGCUGUUGACAGGUAUUCGUACCUAGAGAAUUCAAAGAACAACGGUAUCAAUUUGGAAAGUUAGUGCUACAGAAAAGUACUUUUGAUCCCAAAUGUUAUGGAGUCUCAAGACUGGAAAAAAUAACAUCUUUCCUCUGUACCACAUUCUACAACUGGUAUUUGGAUACAUUGGAUCAUUUUGCACCUGUGAAAAAAUGUUAAAGGUUUUACUUGGAAAAUACCUUUAUGUCAUCAAUUUUCCAUGCAUGAGAGACUUGCUUGUUCCUUGCUAUUAUUACUCAAAACUUUUGAUUAAUGCCCUCAAUUUAUAAAUUGCAAGAAUAUUUCUUUUGAAAGAUCACAGAAGGUGAGACAAAUGCACUUGUACUGUGUUUAUAACUUGUUGGAGCAUACUUAGUUUCCAGUUUCUUCCUCUUUUUUUGUGAAUUUAUUUUAGAGUGGGCAACUUGUUGGAUUUUAAACUUUUAGUGCAGACAGUUGUAUUUUAAAUAUUGAUACUUGUUUGUUUUUUUAACGAUCAUCAAAUAUCUAUUCUUAUCCAACGGAUUUAUGUAAAAGGAGUGCCAAUACUGUUCUUAAGUCCGUAUCUAAGGAAAUUAUGACGGCAUCAUGGCAAAGCAGUUUAUAGUUUUAAAUGUUAUAUUAGUAAAGAAAGAAAAUAAUUUCGUAAAGGUUCUGAUUUUUUUUUUUCAGUAGCAGUAUACAUUUGUAUCACGUCAGUUUAUUUGUGAUACAGAUUUGUGACUUUGUUUCCUACCUCAUUUUUUUAUAUUUUUUUCUCGGAGAAUAUCGUAUAUUUGCUGCAGAUAAUGAUAAUAAUAGUUUUGAUGUUUCUAUUCGUGUAAUCUUACUGUUCGUUUCAUAGCAAUAGGUAGGUGAUGAUACAUGCAA